GAGAGAUCUAUGAUACUCGAUAGGGUAGCGCUGGAGAGGUUGGUGACGCAACCAAGCAGAGCAGGGAAGACGAUCACUCGACUGCAUUUAAACCCUUAUCAGUAUCGCAAUGGUUGCGUGCGAGAUGGAAAGUGAUCGUACCGCCCACUGAGAUCGGAGGUUAAAAAAAAAAAUUUAUCGACAGAGAUCGUAGAAAAGCCUCGAUUAAAGCUCACGAAGGCCAGUAAUUAGCGACGCCAGGUAGAGACACACCAAAAAAUCCCCAUCGGCUCUCCAUAGAGGGCAGCGAUCAUCCACCCACCAACGAUGCCUGACGGACAGGAAACGAUCUCAAAGACGCUCGUCUUUUUCGUCAAUGGCAAAAAGAUCGAGGACGAACGCAUCGAUCCCGAGUGGACCCUGCUGUUCUAUCUGAGGAAGAAGUUGCGGUUAUGCGGGACGAAGCUUGGUUGUGGCGAGGGCGGUUGUGGCGCCUGUACUGUGAUGGUCUCCAGGUACAGCGUCCGAACUGGGAAAUUGUUCCACUAUUCAGUGAAUGCCUGCUUAGCCCUCGUGGCUUCCAUGCACGGCCUGGCCGUGACCACCGUGGAAGGGAUAGGCUCCACCAGAACAGGGCUCCACGCGGUCCAGGAACGCAUCGCCCGAGCUCACGGUUCCCAGUGCGGAUUCUGCACGCCUGGAAUGGUCAUGUCCAUGUACACCCUCCUCAGGAAUGACCCCGUUCCAGCCAUGACCCAGAUUGACGAGUAUAUGACUGGUAAUCUGUGCAGGUGUACAGGGUACCGUCCCAUCGUCGACGCCUUCAGGAGCUUCACUUCCGACGGGCGACAGGCCCCACCGGGGUGUGGCAGAAAAGACUGCUGUCAACUGAAUGGCAAAACGGCGAACGGGACACUGAACGGCACCGACGAGGUAUUGCCACUCUACGAGGAAUCUGACAUCUCUGCUGCUCUACACGACGAGGCAGACUUCAAACCUUACGAUCCGUCCCAGGAAAUCAUUUUCCCCCCGGAACUCAAGGUGUGCAAAGAAUGGCAGCUUCAGGAACUGGAGUUCUCCGGCCCCAGGGUGAAGUUUUACAGGCCUCUGACCCUCUCCCGCCUCCUGCAGCUCAAGUCUCUUCACCCAGAAGCUAAAAUCAUUGUGGGCAACACGGAAGUGGGUGUGGAAGUCAGGUUCAAGCACAAACUGUACCCGGUACUGAUAAACCCUUCUCAGAUAAGCCAACUCACAUCUGUCACUAUCAGUGACUCCGGAUUGACCUUGGGCGCCUCUGUAACACUGUCGUCCCUUGAGGAUGCACUCAAGAAUCAGAUCAAGUCGCAACCAGAGCACAGGACGCGUGUCUUCUCAGCCUUAUUAGAGAUGCUACGAUGGUUUGCAGGGAAACAAAUCAGGAAUGCAGCGGCAAUAGGAGGAAAUAUCAUGACCGGGUCACCAAUCAGUGACCUUGUUCCACUACUAAUGUCAUCAGGGGCAACACUAACUCUUGCUAGCCUAGAGAGAGGAGAGAGACAAAUCCCCCUGGAUCAGAACUUCUUUGUGGGCUACAGGCGGAACACUGCGUUGCCAGAUGAAAUAUUGUUGAAUGUACACAUCCCUUACACACACAAGGAUGAAUAUAUCCUUGGAUACAAACAAGCACGACGAAGGGACGAUGACAUUGCCAUAGUUAAUGCUGGAAUAAGAGUCAUUUUUGAAAAUGGCAGCAACACUGUGCAGAGGCUGGAUCUGGCCUUCGGAGGAAUGGCUCCAACGACUAUCAUGGCGACGACAACAAUGAAGUCUUUGGUAGGUAUGAAAUGGGACGAUUCACUCUUGGAGACAGGAAGCAAUCUGCUCCUGAAAGAUUUAGACCUACACCCUUCUGCUCCUGGUGGAAUGGUUGAGUAUCGUCGCGCUCUGACUUUGAGCUUCUUCUUCAAAUUCUACCUAAGUGUCCGAGGACGACUCAGUGAGAAGCUAUUAAACGGGAUCCAGCCUCUCACAGAAGAAGAGCAGAGAAUUAUAGAGUUGCAUCAUGAUGAAAUGCUUGAGAGUAUGCAGAUUUUCCAAAAGGUUCCACAUGGUCAAAGCCAGCUUGACCCCAUUGGCCGGCCAAUUGUCCACGUUUCAGCCCUCAAACAAGCUACAGGAGAAGCCAUCUAUGUGGAUGACAUCCCUUACUGUGAGAGUGAACUUUAUGCUGCAUUUGUCUUCUCUGAAAGAGCUCAUGCUAAAAUUAUUUCGGUGGAUGAGUCUGAGGCUGUGAAGAUUGACGGCGUAGAGAGAUUCUUCUGUGCCCGUGAUGUACCAGGAGACAGGAAUGUCAUAGGGUCUUGCUUGGACGAGGAAGUCUUCGUGUCCGAGAAGGUGACCUGUGUUGGUCAGCCCAUCGGAAUAGUUGUAGCUAAAGAUCAGGCAACAGCACAAAUGGCAGCUAAACGUGUCAGAGUUCUGUAUGAGGACAUCAAGCCCAUUAUCGUCACCACUCAGGAUGCAAAGCGUGAAAAAUCCUUCUAUGGUAAGUACCCUCUGCGCCAAGGAGAGCCAGAGUCUGCGUUAAGGACUUCAGACCAUAUUAUCGAAGGAGAGAUGCACGUAGGAGGCCAGGAGCAUUUCUAUUUAGAAACAAAUACUUGUUUGGUUGUGCCCAAAGUCGAGGAUGGUGAAAUCGAAGUCUUUGCAUCAUCACAGUAUCUUACGGGGCUGCAGACAUUCAUCGCUAAGGUCUUGGACAUUCCACUUAGCAGGAUUAAUUGUCGUGUCAAAAGAGUGGGUGGAGGAUUUGGUGGUAAAAUUACGCGAAACAUCAAUGUGGCCUUGCCGCUAUGUGUGGCAGCCUCUCACAUGCAACGUCCAGUAAGAGUAAUGCUGAAUCGUGACGAGGACAUGACCACAACGGGUGGAAGGAAUCCAUUCUUGUGCAACUGGAAGGCUGGCUUUUCGAAAGAUGGACUUCUCUCUGCGCUAGAAGUGGAGGUUUAUGCUAAUGGUGGACACUCGCGGGACUACACGAGGCAUGUUACCAGGAGAUUAAUGCUCAAUUUUGAUAAUGCAUACAGAUGCGCAAACAUCAGCAUAACAGGAUUUGUAUGUAAGACAAACCUACCAUCAAAUACAGCUUUCCGUGCAUUUGGGGCUCCUCAGGGUAUAUUGUUCAUGGAAAACAUCAUCUCAACCAUUGCAUCAUUCUUGAAAGUGGAUCCUAAUUUUGUACGGGAAAGAAACAUGUAUGCUACAGGGGACAAAACACUCUGCAGCAUGACCCUGGAACUCUGCACAAUUCGUCAGUGUUGGAAUGAAGUAUUAGAAAAGGGCAGAUAUCAAGCUCGAAGGAUCCAUGUAGACAAAUUUAACAGGACGAACAGACACAAGAAGCGGGGUCUUUCAGCAGUCCCCAUCAAGUAUGGCCAGGGUUAUGAGGCCCAUUUCCACAUGAAGGGAGGCGCUCUCGUCCACGUCUACACCGAUGGGUCAGUGUUGAUCUCCCACGGGGGCGUAGAGAUUGGCCAGGGACUGCACACAAAGAUGAUUCAGGUAGCUUCGAGAGUUCUAAGAAUACCCAUGGAAAAAAUCUACAUUGCCGAAACGGGUGUGGACAAGGUGCCAAAUACUGUGGCCACUGCAGCAUCAACAGCAACUGAUCUGAAUGGAAUGGCAGUCAAGGACGCCUGUGAGAAGAUUAUGGCCCGGCUGGAACCUUUCAUGGCACUAAACCCAAAGGGUUCAUGGGAGGACUGGGUGAAGACGGCUGACCACGAACGAGUCUCACUCUCUGCAACAGGGUUCUACAAAGCUCCUGACGUAUCGUCUUUUGACAUUGUGAAAAAGGAAGGCCGGCCUUACAACUAUCAUGUGUUCGGGGCAGCUGUGUCUGAAGUGGAAAUUGACUGCCUCACAGGAAAUCACUCGGUCCUACAAACAGACAUUGUAAUGGAUAUAGGGGAGACCUUGAAUCCUGCAAUUGACAUCGGGCAGAUUGAAGGAGCCUUCGCACAAGGCUUAGGCUACGUAACCCUGGAGGAACUCUGCUAUUCCCCCGAGGGUGUGAUGCUGACCAGAGGACCUUCCACUUACAAAAUACCAAGUUUUCACGACAUUCCAAGAAAACUCAACGUGUCACUGCUCAGGGGAUCGGCCAACCCAAGGGCAGUGUAUUCUUCGAAAGGCAUAGGAGAACCGCCUCUGCUUCUGGCUGCAUCCGUAUUCUACGCCAUUAAGGAUGCCAUAUCCUCGGCGAGGGCAGACGCCGGUCUCGAUGGCGUUUUCCGGUUAGAUUCGCCGGCUACGGCUGAACGCAUCCGGAUGGCCUGUCCGGACUUCAUCACAAGAAAGAUCAAAUCACCAGAACCUGGAAGCUUCAAACCAUGGUGCUUGAAAAUGUAAACUAUCGGGAACCUAAUUCCACCAAGUGAAUGUUAAUUACUUCUGGCAUCAUCAGUUAAUGAGAAACUAUUCACUCGUUUUAUUUCCGAAUUCCGAAAGUGAUUCGGUAAGAUUCGGAAGGCGUUCUCAUCUGAGGUCGUACCAAUGCAACAUGCUUUCUUCGAGCGCAGGAAAAAAUAUGCAAAAAAAGAGAGAAAAAAAGAAGAGCAACCUACUUCUGGGAAAAUGGACUUCUACAAGAUAUUUACAAAGCUUCAAGAUUAAUGAUGCAUGAUGUAUACAUGAAUAAUGUGUAUACUAUAAUAAUAAUAAUGCAUAAUGUGUAUUACAAUAAUCAUACAUAAUGCAUAUAACAUAAGAAUACAUAACAUAUAUACAAUGAUGCAUAAGGUAUAUAACAUAAGAAUACAUAACAUAUAUACAACAAUGCAUAAUGUAUAUAAAAUAAUGCUUCAAAAUAUAUAUAAGAAUACAUGUAUACAAAAUAUUAUACAAUGCAUACGAUAAUAUUAAUACAUAAUGUAUUCAAGAAUAAUAACACAUAAUAUAUACGAAAUAAUACUACAUAACAUACAAACAAUUAUACUGCCCAAUGUAUUAUACUACUGAUCAAGAAAUGUCAUUUGGACCAUAAGUUUUCAUGUUAAUUUCAAACUUGUAUUUGGUUCCAUUUUGUCAUCACGUCUGUAACCUGUGUUACAGAUUUAUUAGAGGACUCAGAGAUUCUUUCCUCUGAUGGGAUGCUGUUAAAUUAAGUAAUAAACUUGAUAAGCUUG